AUAUGGUGGAAAUUGCAGGUGAAGCUUUCGAGGAAGAGCCGACGAGGCAGGCCCCGCCAAAACACCGCGACUGGGUCCAAGGAUUUCCAGGAAUGAAAACGACGGAAACUCAGAAUUGAAAAGCCCAUCUGGUAAUUUGAUUCAGAUAGUUGUUUUGUUAAUCGGGAUAACUGGUUGUAAUCUUCUGAGAUCCGAUGGUGAAGGAAACGGAAUACUACGAUGUGCUAGGUGUGAGCCCCACGGCCACCGAUGCAGAGAUUAAAAAAGCUUAUUACGUCAAGGCUAGACAGGUCCAUCCAGAUAAAAACCCAAACGAUCCUUUGGCAGCACAAAAUUUUCAGAUUUUAGGGGAGGCUUACCAAGUGCUGAGUGAUCCAUCCCAAAGACAAGCUUACGAUGCCCAUGGAAAGUCGGGAAUUUCAACGGAAGCAAUUAUUGAUCCUGCAGCAAUUUUUGCAAUGCUUUUUGGAAGUGAGCUUUUCGAGGAUUACAUUGGUCAACUUGCCAUGGCAUCAAUGGCUUCCUUGGAUAUAUUCACAGAAGGAGAAGAGUUUGACGCUAAAAAGUUGCAAGAGAAAAUGAGGACUGUUCAAAAGGAAAGGGAAGAGAAGCUUGCUGGUAUACUAAAAGAUCGGUUGAACCUGUAUGUCCAAGGUCAUAAAGAUGAAUUUAUUCAUAAUGCUGAAGCUGAAAUAUCUAGGCUCUCGAGUGCUGCGUAUGGCGUUGAUAUGCUGAAUACCAUUGGCUAUAUAUAUGCAAGGCAGGCAGCAAAGGAGCUUGGAAAGAAGGUGAUGUAUCUGGGAGUGCCAUUCGUUGCUGAGUGGUUCAGAAACAAAGGACACUUUAUAAAAUCCCAAGUAACUGCUGCAACAGGUGCAAUAGCUUUGCUCCAGCUACAAGAAGACAUGAAGCGGCAUCUUAGUGAAGAAGGAAACUACACUGAGGAGGAACUUGAAAAAUACAUGGAAUCCAACAAGAAGUUGAUGACUGAUUCCCUCUGGAAGCUUAAUGUAGCUGAUAUUGAAGCGACACUCUCCCGUGUUUGUCAGAUGGUUCUCCAAGAAAACAAUGUGAAGAGAGAGGAUCUUCGUCUACGAGCAAAGGGUUUAAAAACUUUGGGCAAAAUUUUUCAGAGAGUGAAGACAGACAAUGGGAAUGACAGUAUACCAAACGACCCUGUCCAUAAGUUGUAUGGGAGUGAACCAAGUAACAAUGCUUCUUCUUUUAACACAUCAGAAGGAUCGCCAAAAGAUGAAGAGGUGUCUCACAACGCAUUAGCAUCCCAGAGCCCAUACGUCGAGGCCCCACAAUUUGCCGGAGCUCAAUUCAACAACUUUCCAAUGCCAACUGCUCCACCAGGUGCUCAGAGACAUGCAUAAACAUAUCCAGGGUUUGAAUUUUUUCGUAGCAUUUGAUCAGUACCGUGUGUUGUAUGUAUUUUUCUAGUCAACUUGUUGAAGUUAGCGUGUAUAUUAUUUCUUGAAUGUGCUUGUUACAUGUUAUACAUGCCAUUUAGAAAUUCUUUGUUGCAGCUCAAGUCUUUGAUCAUUCCUUGGGCUGAUGCUUAACUAACAGUGAUUCCAUUUUCUUGAGUCGCAUAUUGAGUUGCACAUUAUUGCUAAAAUA